UCUCUCCGUCAGAAGCUCAACAUCUCAUCGAUGGCGACCAUCAAGGUUCCGGCCACCGUCCCUUCCCCCGCCGAGGACUGCGACCAGUUGCGGAAGGCAUUCCAAGGUUGGGGCACGAACGAGCGCCUGAUCAUCUCGAUCUUGGCGCACCGCACGGCCGCCCAGCGCCGCGCCAUCCGCGCCACCUACGCGGAGACCUACGGCGAGGAGCUUCUCAAGUCACUGGAAGAUGAGAUCUCCGGCGACUUCGAGAGGGCGGUGCUACUGUGGACGUUGGAUCCGGCGGAUCGGGACGCCCAGCUGGCGAACGAAGCGCUGCGGGGAUGGAAUCCGAGCAACCGCGUGCUGAUCGAGAUCGCGUGCACGAGGAACUCCAGCGAACUCAUUAAUGUGAGGCGAGCCUACCAUCUGCGGUACAAACGAUCCCUCGAGGAGGAUGUGGCCAAGCAUACCACCGGAGAUUUCCGUAAGCUUUUGGUGCCACUUGUAACCUCAUACCGCUAUGAGGGAAUAGAGGUGAACAGAAAAUUGGCAAAAUCUGAGGCAAAGAUGCUGCAUGAAAAGAUCACUGAGAAGGCUUACAGCCAUGAAGAACUCAUUUGGAUUAUCACUGCAAGGAGCAAAGCUCAGUUGAUUGCAACAAUAAGUCAUUACAAAAAUGAGUAUGGUAAAUCCAUUAUUAAGGAUUUAAAAUCUGAUCGCAAAAACGAGUUUCUCGUUGCAUUAAAGGCGAUCAUACGUUGUACAUGUUAUCCAGAGAAAUACUUGGAGAAAGUAAUUCGAUUGGCUAUAAAAGGUCUACGAAUCGAUGCAAAUUCUCUUACUCGAAUAAUUACUACUCGUGCAGAGGUUGAUCUGAAGACGGUAGAGGCGGUCUACUACAAGAGAAAUAGUAUGUCACUCAAACAAGCAGUCAAGGAUCACACUUCGGGAGAUUAUAAGACAAUGCUCAUUGCAUUGCUAGGAAAUAAUGCUUGAGUUUUUCCAUUGUUUAUUCUUGAAUGAAAUAUGAUGUUGUUUUACUUUGAUGAAUCACUUUUUUCUAGAAUUGUAAACCAAAAUCUUGAUAUAUCUAGAAAGAUAAAAUCU